CGAGUGCCUGUCUGUUGAACACCUCACCCCCCGACUCUCCAAGUCUCGCGGGAUAUAAAGGAAAUAAAAAAGGCUGAAUCUAGCAGCGAAGGAGGAACGAAAGAAGAAAAGACACAUAGAGACAAACCGGAGCCGCCUAUAUGAAGAUGCUGAUGUGUGACCGCGGCGUCCAGAUGCUCGUGACGACGGUGGGCGCGUUCGCCGCCUUCAGCCUCAUGACCAUCGCCGUCGGGACCGACUACUGGCUGUACUCGCGCGGGGUCUGUCGCAACAAGAACAGCGGCGACAACGACACGAGCCGCAAGAACGAGGAGGUGAUGACGCACUCCGGCCUGUGGCGAACCUGCUGUCUGGAAGGAACAUUCAGAGGAGUGUGUAAGAAGAUUGAUCACUUCCCAGAAGAUGCUGACUAUGAAGCAGAUGCUGCUGAAUACCUCCUCCGCCUCAGUAACAUCAUUGGAAUUAUAGUCUACAUCUCCGCCAACUCGGGCGACCCGGGUCAGAGCGACAGCAAGAAGUCCUACUCCUACGGCUGGUCCUUCUACUUUGGCGCCCUCUCCUUCAUCAUGGCUGAAAUGGUGGGCGUGCUGGCCGUGCACAUGUUCAUCGAGAAGCACCGCAAGCAGCGAGCCAAGUCCCGCACCGAGCUCAUCAAGAAGUCCGCCUUCAGCCGCAUCCCGUCCUACCGCUACCGCUUCCGGCGCCGCUCCAGCGUGCGCUCGUCCGAGGCCCCCAGCCGCGACACCUCCCCCCUGGGGAAAGGUGGCUACACGGGGCCCGCCGCCUCCGAGAUGCCCAUGUACACGCUGAACCCGCGCGAGGCGGGCAACGCCGGCACCAAACCGGGCAGCGGCAUGGGCGGGCUGCUCAACUCGGAGAGGGAGUUCCUCCAGAGCAGCACGCUCACUAAAGACUACAACAAGGACCCCAACCGCAGGACCACGCCCGUCUGAGAGGUGCUGGCUGCAGAUAUCACCCAAUCAGAGUAUCAAAGUGGAGGAUGAGGAGAAAUACACGGGGGGCGCGAGCAAAGGCAGGGGCCACGCAGGGUUACGGGGUGGGGAGGGGGUUUGAUAAACUUCGACUGUGAACUGUGAACUUUUAGCCUUUGAACUGUGAAUCCUGAGCCCUGUGAGAGAUUCAGUGUGUGUAGCAGGGGGAGUUUCGAAAAGGAGAAGUUGUUCCCAGCUCCACUUUACCACAUAUCACUGUAGUUGUACCUGUGACUCCUUACACGUGAAGGCACAUUCAAUUUAUGCUCAUGACCUUUUGUGUUCAUAGAUUGGCUUUUAAAGGGGGAAACAGGAUUGAACUUGACAAAAAAAAAAAAAACGCUUUUUGAAAAGCAUAUCGUAAGUGGUUUACAGUCCCGGGGCAACUUCUCCUACAAAUGAGAAUAAUGUGAAGUAAAGGAGAGGAGGGAAGAGGUGAGAGACCCUGUGUGAUCUUUGACCCUCCGACCUCUGACCUCCGGACCCUUUGGAUAGCAGCAGAGCCGGAUCAGUGCAGGGAACAGGCCUUAAGGCACUGAGCUGUCUCUCUCAUUAAGAUGCUAUUUAAAAAGUGAGGACGUUAACACCUCAGGAAGGGGAUUGGUUCAUUUUCAGUUCAGCCGGAUUCGAAAACAUAAAAGUGAAGUUGCAGUUUGUCCAUUUCACGGCAGCACAUUUGCGGCACCACUUAUUAUUUCUUCUCAUAUUGUAUAUAAAAACUCCUUUCAUAUUGAUUUUUAUUUAAUCAUGGAGACGCUCACUUCGAAAAAAAACUGAACUGAAGCUGAAUUAAGCUCCUUCCUGGUAACAUUUGCCCCCAUCGCUCUGAUCCCAGGUCAGUAGUUAAACCUGCAUACUGAUUUUCUUCUUUCUGAGUACACACUGACUGCAGAUUAGCCGUCAGCGGGGGGGGGAAGGGUGUAACUCAACAGAAUUAAUGAAUCUCUUUUAGAUAAGGUAAUGUUAGAUCAUUGGUGCUUCCUUUUACUCCUGUUUUUUCGGGCACACAAGUCUUCUCUUGAUUUACUUAUUUAUUUUUUCCACCUGAAGCUUAAAGAGUUGAUCAAAUACGUGUGCGUCUGUCUGUCUGCCUUCACUCGUCACCUUUCACCCUCCACAUCUUUCUGUGUAGCCCCAUCAGUCACCUCACUGCCACCCUCCGCACACCUCCGCACCGCCUCUCACCCUCCUCCGUCCUCUGAGGGACACACACCACUAGGUUUAGCCCCCCCCCCCCCGCCCCGUCUUCCGCCUGUGUCGCUCGUAGACUCGUUUCCUUGAGGUUGUUGGUUCAGGGUGCCGUGGAGGGGAGACCACUGAGCUGUGAAUAUGCUUUAAGGCAGAGCCAAAAAAAAACUAACAACACAUUUAACAGACAGAGAGAGUUUCCUUUUUUCUUUUUUGUAUUGCUUGCCCACUACCUCUUAGUGAAUAUCGAUCAGAUUCAUUAAAUAUAAAGUUGUCUUUUCUUGCCGGAAAACAAUUGUUAAAGAAAUUUCAGCUGCAGAAAUAAACACUGAGAAAAAAAAUGGAAGAAGUGCACAUCUCUCUUCUCCGCCGGAGGAUUGGUGCAAAGUGAGAUUGUUUGUGGCAAAACAACAUAAAGGAAGAUGGAGCUGCGUUACGAGGAUGAUGUGUAGCUCAUUCAUUCAGCUGUCACUCACAGCCUCUCCUCCUCUUUAUCUCCCUCAUACUCACACACACACACACACACACAUGUCUUUCACGGGUAUCUUUGCGAUGACAUGCCCAGGCUGUCAUGGCUCUGUCAUAUUUCAAAAACAUACAGUACCAGAUUGUGGAGAGACAUCAAUGCAUUUUCCAUUUAUAACAUACACACAUAAACACAUUCCAUGGAUGGGAGAGGGAAAACAGACAUACCGCUACAGUCUAAAAGCAUUUCAGCAUUUCGGCAUUUCUUUUUUAAUUAGAUGAGAAACAUGAGAUGCUUUACGGCGUAUGAAUCCAAACCUCCAGUUUACUCAGUGGUGUAUUAAAGAACUUCAAUGUGUUCGUUGGUGGAGAAAUUAGGCGACAGUUUCUGAAAAAUACACAAAUCUGAAUGAGCAGGUUUGUUAAAUACUGAAUCUGUACUGAUUUGACUGGGAACUGAUCACUUCCAAAUUCUCAGACACUGAAACAAUUAUAUCUUCAGCCUCUGUUUGCAGCAUAACUUGACCCGUUUAUGUAUGAUUAUAGUUCAUACUGUAUCUGUAGCUCUUAGGUGCACAGCCACUUCCUCACUGGUAAUCUACCACUACCUCUAAUAGUCCAAUGUAACUGUUGACAAAUUGUUGAUACAGAAAUCUCUAACCCAGCUUGUUGCAACACAUAGAAAACUCCCUUAAAAACCACAGGUUACUUUGCAACACUGCAAC